GCUUCAACUCGAAGAUGGCUACUCUUGCACUAUUACUGGACGUCCCUUCGAGGGCAUCCUCUUACGUUGCUGCCACCGCCAUGGCGACGCCUUUCAGCACGCUACGCAAUGGAUCUGGUCCUCGAGGUGUCGGUGAGUCGCUCAUCCUCAAGCGACGACAGCGAGAAGACCAUUUGGCCAACUUCACGACGUCCGUCCAGGGCAUUUCGAGGCUCAACGCUCGUGCCGACUGGGAAGACUCGCUCUACGAGAAAGGAGAGAAGAAACAGGUGCAACGAGCAGUCGUUCAACUUAAGAACCAACACGAAUCGCAGCUGCAUUCCAGGAGAUUGAGGUAUGUCUCCGAAGCAGCUGUAGGUAUUGAAAUUAAAGCUAAUAACCGAGAAAUGUGCAUUAGACUCGCUGAGCUCUACAAUCGAGAGAUGGAGCAGUGGAGAGACGAAUGUCUAGCCAACGUCGAGACGCCAGAGGACAGGAAGCAAAAGAUGAUCCAGCGAGCGCUGGCUCUGAAAGAGCGAAGAGAGCAAGAGCGACGCGCUAUAGUGGAAGAGAAACGGAUGCAACAAUAUCGUGAAUCGUGCGACGACAUUCGUGUUGAGGACUCGAAUAAAGUUCAACAGAUCGUUCUGAACGACCGAGACAAGCAACUCGAAGAGAGGAAAUUGAUCACUGAACAAGAGCGUCAGUUCGAGCUCAAAAUGGCCCAACUGUGGGAAGAAGAUCGACUGAAGAAAGAAGAACGCGACCGCAGAGACAUUGAAAUGGCUAUCAAACGCAACGAAGAGAUGAAGAGUAUUUUAGAUCUACAAGUCGAUCUAGUUCAGAAGCGCAAGGCCGAGUUGGACGAGCGUAAGCGCAGAGAAGACGAUGAACAACUCAGUGAGUGGGAGCGUCUCAAACGAGUGGAAGAAGAUCUAGAACAGCGCAAUCGAGAGAAAGAGAUCAUGCGAGCUUUGGACGUCAAGAAGUUCAACCAAGAACGUGUCGAGGCCAACCGCUUGGCUUCAGAGAGAGAGCGACUGUAUGAUCAGCGCUUAUUGGAACAGGUUUUGGCUCAAGAAGCAGAGACUCAGCGUCGUGAGCGAGAGUUGCAGGAUAAAUUUCGACAGGAUCAGCUCAACUACCAGCGUAUGCUCAAGCGCCAGAUGGAGACAGAGGCGGAGGAUCUCUCGUAUCUGGAUAAAAUCCGCAAGGACAUGGAAGACGAAGUGUGGGCCAAGCACGACGCUCAGCACGACGCAGAGGAAGCAGCUCGUCAGGAACUAUUACGCCAGGUUCUAAUUUCUCGUAAUAGCCAGAUUGAGGCCAAACGCGCUAAUAAACUCCAAGCCAAAGAAGAAGACACGGCAUAUAUGAACCAGAUCAAGCAUGACUCAGAGGAAGCUCUGCAGAAAGAGCUUCGUGACCAGGAAAAACGUCGUGAAGAACUCAAACGGACGCAGUCAGAUUUACUACGUCAACAGGAAGAAAAACGAAUUCUAGAAGACCAGAAAAAGCAGGCCGAGUUUCUAGAACUCAAGCGCAUGCAGUUCGCCGAGAAGCAGCACAAAGAGCGCGUCAAACAGUUCUCCACCCACAUGCCGACCACGAACUUCCGUCGGAAAGCUGCUCAAUGGUACUUCGACGCUUAAGAAUCUGAUACGUUUCAGAUUGAUUUCCACUUGUCGAGAAAAUACAUUUCAAAUUUAGGAUCUUCU